AUGGCUUGUUCGAGGAGGGAGACGAGAGAGCGACCUCACCUGGCCCGCUUCACCCGCUCAACCAUGGCAUCCCUCAUCUCGCUCGCCUCGCGCUCCGUUCGCCCCGCACGCCGAGUCGUCCCCUCCGCCGUCCGAGCACUCUCGUCCUCGCCCGUCCACCGCGCCCAGCCCACAGCCGAAGCAUCGUCGUCUGCAGCACCAGCACCCCCACUGAGCCCCAAAAUCGGCCAGAUCGUCGACCAGAUCGCUGGACUCACCCUCCUCGAGGCAGCAGACCUCGUCGAUGCCCUCAAGUCCCGGCUGAACAUUGUCGACAUCGCUCUCCCCGCCGCCGCACCCGCCGCUGCUCCCGCCGCUGCCGCCGAUGCGCCCGCGCCCGAAGCCGCCGCACCAAAGGAGAAGACUGUCUUCAACGUCCAGUUGACCAAGAUCGAUGCGGCGCAGAAGGCAAAGGCGAUCAGGGAGGUCAAGGCGAUCAUGCCCGGGAUGAACUUGGUCGAGGCAAAGAAGUUCGUCGAGUCGCUCCCCAAGACUCUGAAGGAAGGCGCGAACAAGGAGGAGGCCGAGAAGCUCCAGGCGCUCUUCAAGGGCAUCGGCGCAGAGGUCGCUCUCGAGUAG